AAGCGGGAUCCUUCCCCCCCCCCCCCCCAAAACGUUGCCAGGUGGGCAGCCAACCAACGUCGGGAUCGCGAAACGAAACCCUGGAUCGUCUCUGAGAGAGAUCACGGUAUUCUUAGAGCCCGACAUCAUCGCCUCGCUGAAACUUGUCCAUUCUCACCUGUCUUGUCCUGUCCUCUCUCUUCUCACCUUCACCUCUUCCUUUCCCUCAGUCACUUUUACGCGACAACCACCCCUUUCGUCUCGUUGUCGCCCAUUACUUUCACUUACCUAAAUUCGACGACGAACCCCGCGAUAGAAUAGCCUCAAUCGGCAGUACCCACCUCGACCGCCAUUUGCACUGCACACAAUUCCUGUGACUACUUCCUGUUCGCGAACAUGUCGUGGAAGCUCACCAAGAAACUGAAGGAAACCCACCUGGGGCCCCCUUCCAUCUUUUCCCGGUCAGCGUCCACGUCGACUAUCACAGACAAAGAUGAGAAGCACCCCCAAGCGCCGCCGACUAGCUCGUCACCUGCACCCCCUGACAAUACUAUUGCUGCCUCCGAAGCCAUGGUACAGCAACCUAUUGUGAAGCCCCCCAAGCCUGGUAUCCUCGUCGUUACCCUCCACGAAGGCCAGGGCUUCUCCUUGCCUGAACAGCACAGACAACAGUUCUCAUCACAAGGCCACCAAGGCUCCCAAUCGUCGGGCAGCGCAUUGAGCGGAUCGGUACGGCCCGGCUCAAGAGGCACUCCCGGCUCCUUCAUCAACGGCAGACCACAAACUUCAGGGGGAGGUUUCCAAGGCAUUCCUUCGAAUCACGGGCGAUUCUCCAGCAAAUAUCUCCCCUAUGCCUUGCUGGACUUCGACAAGGUCCAAGUCUUUGUCAACUCGGUCUCGGGCAACCCGGAGAACCCGCUCUGGGCCGGCGACAACACCCAGUACAAGUUCGAUGUUUCUAGAAUCACCGAGCUAGCAGUACACCUCUAUAUGCGCAACCCCCAGGCACCACCUGGUUCCGGCCGAAGUCAGGAUAUUUUCCUCGGCGUCGUGCGAAUCAACCCGUCGUUCCAGGAAAAGCGAACUUUCGUGGAAGACCCCAAGGCAAGCAAGAAGGACCGCGAGAAGGCGGCAGCAGAAUUUGCGGAACAGGAGCGACGAUCGGGUCAUUCGGGCAUUCAGUUUGCGGACGUGCAGUACGGUACGGGCAAGCUCAAGAUUGGUGUCCAAUAUGUGGAGAACCGUGCCGGCAAGCUGCAGAUCGAUGACUUCGAGCUUCUCAAAGUCGUUGGUAAGGGCAGCUUUGGUAAGGUCAUGCAAGUCCGCAAGAAGGACACAAGCCGUAUCUACGCGCUCAAGACGAUCCGGAAAGCGCACAUCAUCUCACGAUCCGAAGUUGCUCAUACUCUGGCCGAGCGGUCAGUCCUCGCUCAGAUCAACAACCCCUUCAUUGUACCGCUUAAGUUUACUUUCCAAUCUCCGGAGAAGCUUUACUUCGUCCUGGCAUUCGUCAACGGUGGCGAGUUGUUCCAUCAUCUCCAAAAGGAGCAGAGAUUCGACGUUAACCGCGCACGAUUCUAUACUGCCGAACUCCUUUGCGCACUGGAAUGUCUGCAUGGUUUCAACGUCAUCUACCGGGACCUGAAGCCUGAGAACAUCCUUCUCGAUUAUCAAGGUCACAUCGCUCUUUGUGAUUUCGGUCUUUGCAAGUUGGACAUGAAGGAUGAGGAUCGUACAAAUACCUUCUGUGGAACACCGGAGUACCUUGCCCCUGAACUUCUGAUGGGUCAGGGCUACAACAAGACAGUCGAUUGGUGGACUCUUGGUGUAUUAUUGUACGAGAUGCUUACUGGUCUUCCGCCCUUCUAUGAUGAGAACACCAACGAGAUGUAUCGCAAGAUUCUUGGAGAGCCUCUACACUUCCCUGGCCCAGAAGUUGUGCCUCCAGCUGCCAAGGACUUGCUCACCAGACUCUUGAACCGAGACCCUGCCGAGAGAUUAGGAGCCAAUGGAAGCGCCGAAAUCAAGGCUCAUCCUUUCUUCCAUGCCAUUGACUGGCGUAAGCUGCUUCAGCGAAAGUACGAGCCUACCUUCAAGCCGAGUGUAGUCGAUGCCCUCGAUACCGCAAACUUUGACAGCGAGUUCACCUCAGAGGCUCCUCAAGACUCAUAUGUCGAGGGACCAAUGCUCUCGCAAACUAUGCAAGACCAGUUCCAAGGCUUCAGCUACAAUCGCCCGAUUGCCGGUCUCGGUGAUGCCGGUGGCAGUGUGAAAGAUCCCAGUUUCGUGGGUAGCAUUCAAGAUCGUCGAUAGACCGCCUUGGACGGACAAGCCAUCUCUCUUUCAACUUUCGAAACAGCAGGCACCAAUAAGAAAGAAUGUUUCCUUCCUCGUUGAAGCGGACAACAGCGCUAGGGUUGCGUGUGCGAAGCAUCUUCGGCUGUGUGUCUCUUGUCUGGUGAUGCAGACAUGAUCAACCGCUUCCGCGAUGUUUCAGGUACACGACAACAACGCCCCAACUAUGCUCCCAUAGAUUUCGCCACCUUUCGGGUCUACUUGUUGGGCUAGACAAAACCAACUGUCCUUGAGGAGAUUGGUAACCUGGCAUACUAUGCAGGUCAUUGGUUGAUGUAGAGUGGCAUAUGCCCAUUUCCCUGCAGGGAAGGUGUCAUGGGUACAAGGAAACAGAGUAUGUAAAUAUCAAGCAGGUAGAAGCCACAACAAAUCAUAUGGUGAUCCAUACACGCA